AUUGAAUGUUCAAUGUUGUAAAGAUUAGGUACCUACCUAGGGUUGGCCAUACAUACAUAAAUAGCUAAGUACCCUACGUAUCCAAGUACACAGACAACCGAUUAUCAAUCUUAGCUCCGACUUAGGUAGCUACGUAUCCGUUGUAUCCUACGUAUUAGUGGAUACUCCCCUGAUCCCCCCCUCCUCCGUCAUUGGCCCCUUUCGCGUCUUUUGGGCUGGUCCUCCUCUGUUUCUUCCUGUGCUGGGCGGUGGUGGCUGCUGCAACACUCUCCACUCACGCCAGAGAGAGAGAGAGAAGAGAGAGAGUCAGACCAAACUUUCUCAGACCUUUUUUUUUUUUUUUUUUUUUUUUUUGCCCACUUCCCUAACCUACCUAGUACUGCAGCUGUCGUCCGGUUCAUUCAUCAUCGUCCCAUUCUGCGACGAAUCAUUCCAAUUCUUGCUUUUCUCUCUCUCUUUUUUUUCUUGGACUCGAAUUUUUGGCACGACGACAACAUCCACUUCCCACUUUUAUAUCCAAUUUGUCUUCUUUUAGCUUUCACCUAGCCCACCCGGUUAUGUGUCUUAUCCAAUUCCAUGUCACUCAAGUAAUGGCUUGUUAAAUUACAGCUUUCCUUUCUCCUCUUUCCUCCUAUAUGCGAGGUAUUAGCGACGACAUGCUUCGAUAUUCACCCAGAAUGAUGACUACAAUUCCUCCAGAGCCUUCAGCUUCUUCCUUCCACCGCUAUGGAUCCCCAACAACCAACCCAACCUCCUCUCCUCUCCGAUAAUACCUCCAUCCUCAGUAAUGUCCCCUCCAGGACCGCUAGUAGUACCCCGAUCUCCUCUCCGGGGCUCUUCAGCCCCACGAACCCUCGUCCCAAUGCCUUCCUACCGUACUCCGCCUCCGAGAACACCACGCCGUUGGCCUUGUCGGCCAGUCCCUAUUUACAUCCCCUGCAAAAUCAUAGAGUCCGAGAGACGCACAAAGCCCUUGUUGAUAUGGACUUGAUGACGGGACGUAAGAUCAUCAAUCAAUAUGAGGUGAUUGAAGAACUUGGCCGUGGAGUCCAUGGCAAGGUGAAGCUGGCUCGUAACCUAGAAUCUGGCGAGAAUGUGGCAAUCAAAAUUAUCCCUAGGUUUUCUAAGAAGCGCCGUUUGGGAAAAGUCACUGCGUCUCCCCAAGAUAAGACGAAGCGGGAGAUUGCUAUCCUCAAGAAAAUCCGCCACCCCAACGUCGUGGCUCUACUCGAGAUCAUCGACGACCCCGAAUUCAAAAAGAUUUAUAUGGUCUUAGAACAUGUCGAGAUGGGCGAAGUAAUAUGGCGAAAGAAAGGGUUACCACACAUCUGCAGCAUAGAGAGGCGGAGAAUCGAGAAAGAAAUGCGCGGAGAACUCAGCACCGAUGAAGAAGAGCGGUAUAUACUUCUUCUUGAAAAGCGGCAAGCUCUUAACGACAUAAAGAGAGCGAGAAUGCAACAAUUUCAGCGAGGUCCGGAUGAUUUUUGGAGUAUCGAGUUUGGGGCCGCAAAUGACGAUGGUUCUGAGUGCCCAUCACGGUCUCUAGGGAGAGAUGGAAGCGAACUUUUCCGACCACGUAGAGUGGCUUCCUUAUCUUCCAAGGCUGGCUCUAGGGCCGUAUCUCCAACUCGUUCAUAUAACCAGUCUGCUCCCUCCGGCUCUCGCGCGAGUACUCCCCUUCCCUCAGAGUAUGAUGCUUCGGCAAUCGGUCUGGGCGAUGAUACCGAGAGUGACGUCGAGACUCCUGGGCCCCUACGAUCUCAGCCUGGAUCCUCAGCCGCCUUAGACAGGACAUUAACCAGCGCAUAUCCCGAAGAAGCUAUGUUUCGUGGCCGGUCUCCGAGUAUGGCUGACUCGAUUAUAUCCCAUAUGUCUUCGAUUGAUCAGCCACACGAUCCUUUUGCCGACGACUUUUCAUACGUGCCCUGCUUCACAAUAGAGGAAGCCCGUGCUACCUUCCGAGACACCGUGCUUGGCCUAGAAUAUCUGCACUACGAAGGUGUAGUCCAUCGUGAUAUUAAGCCAGCCAAUCUCUUAUGGACUAGAGAGCACAGGGUGAAGAUUUCAGAUUUCGGCGUGUCCUACUUUGGUCGACCUAUCCGUGAAGGCGAACCAGAUGAGCUUGUAUCAGAAUCUGAAGCACGUGACUUUGAUGAUGAUCUCGAGUUAGCUAAAACCGUUGGUACGCCCGCUUUCUUUGCGCCUGAGCUGUGCUAUACAGACCCAGGGGAAGAGCAACCAAAGAUAUCGGAACAGAUUGAUGUCUGGUCUUUAGGAGUGACGCUGUAUUGCCUAAUCUUUGCCCGAAUCCCUUUCAUGGCUGAAGACGAGUACCAAAUGUUCCAGAAAAUAGCCAAGGAGGAGGCAUACAUACCACGCCGUCGACUCAGGCCAGUUGACCCGCAGCAUUCUCCAUCUUCUACUUCACUGUACAAGCGCGUUAACAGCGAGCCGUACCGGGACGAUAGCGCUCUAGCCUAUGAAGAGAUCGACGACUUAUUAUACGAUCUUUUGCGUCGCAUGCUGACCAAGAAUCCUGAAAAGCGGAUCAGACUAAGAGAAGUGAAGCGCCAUCCUUGGGUUGUCCAAGGUAUUCCAAACCUUAUCGCAUGGAUUGACGAGACAGACCCAUCGCGCCGUACUUCUGGCCGUAAGAUCGAAGUUGACGAGCGAGAGAUUACUCGUGCGGUCGUGCCUCUCACCUUUCUCGAAAGGGCUCGUUCCGUUGUGAAGAAGGCGGUUGGUAAGGUAAUGCAUCCACGCACUGACAGGUCGGAGGGUAACUCUAGGAGAAGGGCGACUAGCAGCGCUGCUAGCUCGGCGGGUGAUACACCCCUCAACUUAGCAACACCUCAUGUGCGAGACGCCCGCCGAAAGAGUCUACGGCCCGAUGACUAUUUUGCCACGGUCAGAGAAAGCGACCAUCCUCUAUCGCAAAGCGUCACCGCGACGCCCCAGCAGUCUCCGAUCCAUGAUGUGCCAGAUUACUACUCUCGACGCGGGUCAUUGAUAGGUGGAGAUUUUAGGCGCAACGCAAGCGGCUCUAUCGGUGAUUUUAACACACAUUCGGAUCUAACUGGAUCGCCGUCGACGUCGACAUCUUUAUCAUCUAUUAGAGGCCAUCUAAGCCAUCGGCACGGCCGAACAAGAUCGAUUACUAAUGCAAUCCUUGCUCUUGCACCUGGGAGAGAAGCACAUGCAACAUCACAUACCCCCUCAUUCGAAACUUGUGUUAGAGAUGACCCGAUUGCUUCCUUGCGCAAGGCUCGAGACAUAGGACUCAUGGAUGAAUCAUCCCGCUCGCGGUCAGUAGAUAGAGGAUUAUUCGGAAAUAAUGAUAAGCGUGCUGAAGCCAAGGUCGCUUUAAGCACGGCGGUAGCUCCAGGGAAUUUGGAACUUCCUAAACGCCCAAUUUCUGUUCAUCCCCCAGAAACCAAGUCGUAUGCUGGCCCUGAUGGCGUUGCCUUGCCUUCCCCUAUGUUCUUCUCCCCUCGUGCGAUUCGUACGUAUCAACAUGGUCAACCACACUCCGAUCCUAACAUGCACGAGAACCACCUAGGUGCCGCAGAAUCAGACCAACAACGCCCGGUGACAGCUCAUCGUGCUAUACAAAUGGAAGGCCCAACUCCACCACCGAGGGUAUAUAAUUCAUCCACCCCAGAAUCCUUCGCGCGAGCUCGCGAACAAAUGCUUCGCCGUCAACGGCAGGAAGCCGAAGAGCAAUCAAAGCGCGAAGAGUUGUUCGCCUCGCGAAGAAAAGACAGUACCGCUUCCAUGCAGUGUCCUCCAUCUCCCGACGAUGACAUGUGCUUGGAGCAAACCCGACCGCCAUCCAUAGAGGAUCCCCGAACUGCCCCAAUGUCAACCUCCACAUCUACAGGCACCAUUAUGACCCCAUUGACCAGUCCAAGCGAGUCCGCAAGUCCUACGAGUCUCACCAAUCUGGCAGGUCGAAAUGGCGACUCGCAUGUAUUUCGCUCGGAUCCUUCCCUUCCAGCAUUACUUAGUGGUGCCAGCUCAGUGUCCGCUGAUGCCGAGGGCGAAUUUCUUUUAAAACCAGGUUCAGUCGACCGACCAUCCCUAAUCGACACAACCGAUUCUUUAACCCCGCCAGCCCUCACCAAAGAGCCCAUAUCAGGCUUUCCUCUUGACGACGACGAUCACUUUCAAACGUUACUACUUCCCCAGCCACAUCGUCCUCUAGCGACAUCCUCUCUUCUGACUACAAGGGCCGUUGACGACGACGAUGGCAGUGACAGCGACGAAGGUCUUGUUAUGAAAACAAAACGAAGGAACGCUGCCAGGGAUAAUGCCACUUCACCACUAGGCAGGACGCUGUCCAAUGCAAAGAGACGCGAUACUCAAACGAGUAUCGGCAGCACAGAGACGGCCAAGAAAAUUAUCCUCCCAAAUCAGUAG